CAAACCAUCUUAUAUUAUUUUAGAUAUUUAAUUACUAAUUGGGAAUCAAGUUAAUUUGAAAGUUGAUAUAUGUCGAUAUUGUCACAAACUCACGGUUCAAAAAUUGAUUUUAAUUUUUCCUUUGAUAUGUAUUAACUAUUGACUAGCUUCACCAUCCAUAUUACACUUAGAUGUUGCCUUACUUUAUUACCAUAAUCUUGAUAUUUAACUUGCUUCAAAACUCUUAAACAAUAUAUUUUGGAAUUGUCCAGAACACAUUUAACUAUAAGGUUAAGCACACACAUUUUUUAACAUUAAGCAAAAUAUUUUGAAAUUGAAAUGGUAGCACAGAAAUAUACGCAUUCUAGUGCGUCUUAGUAUAGAGUUGAGUAAAGUUAAGAGGGCUAAAAUGACUUACCGUAAAACAUUGGGGAUGUACAUUGUAGAUGGUAGAUACGACUAUCACUUUUGUUCCCAGUUCCACGUCCUUUCACUCUCUGGAAAACGAGAAAGGUUUUUACUUUCUAGCUCCGACGACAAAAACCCUACUCAGAGCUCAGCUGACAGCGCUCUUCCAUCCAUGAAAUUCCCCCUUCGUUCCAUUCUCGGUGCCCGGCCGGCGGUAAUCCGAGCUCUGGGCCGGCGAUACUUCGCCGCAGCCGCUUCCACGGAGGAAUACGCCAAGCGGAAUUAUGCCAAUAAUGUCUCCGAGUACAACACCGUCGUUGCUUCCCUCACUUCUCAGCGCAGGGGUUAUUUGUUGAGAGAUGUCUACGAUGAUAUGGUGCUGGAUGGAGUGCAGCCGGGUCGAGAUGUUUUCCAUUCUUUGAUUGUUGGAACCAUGAAAAGUGCCCGCUUGCAGGAUGCGUUCUACUUCAGAGAUGAAAUGAAAGCUAUGGGCUUGAUUCCUGAUGUAGCGGUGUACAAUUUCUUAAUUUCGAUGUGUGGCAAGUGCAAGAACUCUGACCAAGCAAUUCAGAUUUUAGAAGAAAUGAAGAGAUCCGAAGUGAAGCCAAAUGGACAAACCUUUGUGUGUCUACUCAACGCCUGUGCAGCAACUGGCCGGCUAGAUCGUGUGUAUGCAAUUGUCCGUGAUAUGACUGCAGCUGGCGCUGGCUUGAACAAAUUCUGCUAUGCAGGACUAAUAACUGCUCAUCUUAACAAGACACCUCGUGGUGAUGAUACAGCCAGCAAGAUUAUUGAGUUAGUUGAGCAAUCAAAGGGAUGGUCAUCGGUUGAUGGAGCAACUUAUGCUGCUGAAAAUGUGGCGAGGGGUGUAUCUGAAGAGGAGUUAUAUAAUUUGCCAACAGCUGAAUACAUUCAUCGGCGUGGAGGGUUCUUGAACAAGAAACUAACUGUGUAUCAUGUUGCACUCCAUGCUUGUGCAGAACUGAAAGAUGUACAGGCUACGGAAGUUUUGUUGGAGAUGCUUCAGAAGGAUAAAGAAUCUCCUGAUGUCUUCAUUCUAAUGCAAACAAUGAGGUGCCAUCUACAAUGUGGCGAUCUGGAUCGUGGUCUUGCUAUCUUUGAAGAGUACAUGAAUUCUGGCAAACCUAAUAUGAUGGAGCUCUAUUUGACUCUUAUAGAGGGAGCCAUGGUAGGAUAUACUCCCAAGGGAAUGCAACUUGCACAAGACACACUGGUAAAAAUGACCGAGAAGAAUUACUUCUUGAAUCCCAAAAUCGGAAGCGAUCUCCUUCUUGUAGCAGCUGGUGAAGAGACCGGUGGGUACACGACUGCCAAUUACAUAUGGGACUUGAUGCAAGCUCGUAACAUGAUACCCACCUUCCCUGCCGUGGAAGCAUACUACAAAGGCUUGAAGAAACGGGAUAUACCUGAAGAUGAUGCUAGGCUGCUGCUCGUUUCUCGUACUUAUGACAAUCUGCUUGGCAAAUUCGGGCCAAGACCAGGGGUUACAACGAAUAGGCCUCCGAGUACUGCCGAGCCAGAGAUGGAGCAGAAACCCUCUUCAGUAACGGAAGCCAACCAAGCAUAGGCCCUCUUUACAUGACGCAAGUGGAUCAAAAGUCUUCGUUAUUGGCUCCACAUUAAAAGACAAUUUCACAGAGAUACCAGACUGUUUUUCCUUGUAGCCCUUUUUGGGAGGAGGAAACACCACAUGACAUAACUUAUGUAGGAGUUCCAUGAUAAGCUUGAUUGAUGCUCUUCCAUUUCCAUACCAGUUAGGAAUCAAAAUUUUAUGUUUUGUCCAUCAAUUCGAUUCUUGAAUCUCUCGUUUCUUACGAAGCAUUUGACAAUGGUGACUCUGAAUGGAGUGAAUCUUUUUGAUUGCUUGAAGAAGGGCAUUAGUUUAUCGUUUGAGUUUAUUCGGAGAAGAGUGGAUAAUUCAAGUACGAUCCUCUUGUAUUCCCUCUCAAUGAUGAAUUUCUUGGCUUGUGCAACUUGUGAUUUGGGAUGAUGUGUUUAUCAAAUGUGACGAACCUCGUUAGUAACGAAUGAAUAAAAGUCCUAGCAGUAUGAGAACUUGUUUGUUAAAAUUUUACAAUACAAGGAUGUAAUUUGG